AUGUCUGCUGAGUCUCCAGUUCGACACGCCUCUGGUAAUCUCAUCUUUUUAUCUAGGGGUGAUCUUUACAACUCAUAUUUGAAUGUCACAUCAGUUUCUCCCCCAGGAUCACGUUCAUCUUCUCCAGAUAAUGCUCAUGACACCUUGACUCUUCGUGCUCUUGUUAACACAAAGGAAGCUGGCGUAAUCAUAGGCAAAGGCGGGAAAAAUGUCGCUGAUCUUCGUGAGCAGACUGGCGUCAGAGCUGGCGUCAGUAAGGUUAUCCCUGGCGUGCACGAGCGCGUCCUUACCGUUGGCGGAUCUGUUGAAGCCGCGUACAACCUCAUAAUCUCCCAACUUGUGGCAUCCAGCCCAUCACCCAUCUCCCUAUCAUCAUCAUCGCCUCAUACCUCAAUCCGUCUUUUAAUUUCUCACAAUCUUAUGGGUACAAUAAUAGGCCGCAGCGGUGGCAAAAUCAAGGCUAUUCAGGAUGCUUCGGGCGCGCGCAUGGUGGCGUCAAAGGAGAUGCUCCCACAAUCAACUGAGCGCAUUGUCGAGGUACAAGGCGCACCUGAUUCGAUCGGCCGUGCCAUCGAGGAGAUUGGCAAGUGCUUACUGGAAGACUGGGAGAGGGGUCAGGGCACCGUUCCUUUCCAUCCUGGUGCUGGUGAUGCCACCUCAGGUACGAGACGAUCAGCUAAUGGCUAUUCGGGUGGAGCUCGCAAGUCCAAUGGAGAUGUAGCCCGACGUUCACCACCACCUUCGCCCCAUUCACCUACCGUUGCACAGUCAACAGCCAACCUGCGCACACAGAACAUCUCCAUACCAUCGGAUAUGGUUGGAUGUAUCAUUGGUCGAAGUGGAAGCAAGAUUACUGAAAUUCGGCGGUUGUCAGGAUCCAAGAUUUCCAUUGCCAAAGCUCCACAUGAUGAGACAGGCGAACGGAUGUUUACCAUCGUCGGUACUCCGGAGGCCAACGAAAAGGCCCUUUUCCUGCUCUAUAAUCAGCUCGAGAGCGAGAAGGAGAGGAGGGUCGGCAGAGAACAACAGCAGCAAGAGGAGUAA